AUGGAGAUGGACAGGGGGAAGGUCUCUGACCGCUAUCAGGCCAACCUGAACAGAGUGCUGACUGGGACGCCCCUCCCCCUACACCCCAUCCCUCUCCCCCUGCAUGUCCAUACCAGACUGAGCUCUGGGAGCAGCUCCAGCCCCUGUACCCCUGCCAUGCAGAGGGCUGCCAUACAACAGGUACAGUAGCCCCACCCCCCUGCCCAAACCAGCGUACCCUAACUCCACCAAUCAAUCAAAUCAAUCAAUAUCUUUAUUUGCCCCAAUUUGGAAAAGAAUUAUGUAGCUUGUCGUAAACAAAAUGUACUUAUAGUGUACAUUACAUGUAUUUAGGACAUAACACCACAGCCAUACAUACUUAACAUUAACACAUAGUUAUUUUAAACAAGCUGCCAAACAGAUUCAAAGUAAAGGGUUAACACACAAUUCAGAGAAUAGGCAUUGCCUCUCUAUAUCAGUCACUGUGAAUUUAAGAUGACAAAUCUCUGUAAAUGUCAUUCUCUUUCUGUUUAUUAUGAAGUUACAAGACCUCUUGCAAGACCCAAUUGAACAAUCAAAAGUGUGUCAUGGCUUUCAAAAUAUAUUUGGAUCAUUGCAACAUUUAGUCCAUAAUGUUGUUUGAUCGGUGGUUAGGCUACUAGCUGGCAAAAAGUAGGCUACAUGAAAAGUGCAAUAAUGUUAAAGUUGCACUAUGUAGAAAUCGCUUCGCCAUUUCCUGGUUGCUAAAACUAUCAUAGUUUGCCUCAUUUCAGUUUAUGUGACAAAAUAAGCUAGUAUAGUGCAGAGAGUCAUUGUACCAUCUAAACCGCUGUGAAAGAUACAAAAGUAUGUGGACACCCCUUGAAAUUAGUGGAUUCGGCUAUUUCAGCCACACCCGUUGCUGACAGGUGUUACGUUACAUCAUUAUUCCCCCCCCAAAAAAAAAAAUCAUUAUUCUAAUGUAUUUUUAUUUUUAUCAUCAAACCACACAUUAUACCCCAUAAUGACAAAGCGAAAACAGGUUUUUAGAAAUUUUUGCAAAUGUAUUACAAAUAAAAAACAGAUACCUUAUUUACAGAUAAGUAUUCAGACCCUUUGCUAUGAGACUCGAAAUUGAGCUCAGGAGCAUCCUGUUUCCAUUGAUCAACCUUUAAAUGUUUCUACAACUUCAUUGGAGUCCACCUGUGGUAAAUUCAAUUGAUUGGACAUGAUUUGGAAAGGCACACACCUGUCUAUAUAAGGUCCCACAGUUGACAGCGCAUGUCAGAGCAAAAACCAAGCCAUGAGGUCGAAGGAAUUGUCCGUAGAGCUCCACGACAGGAUUGUGUCGAGGCGCAGAUCUGGGGAAGGGUACCAAAACAUUUCUGCAGCCUUGAAGGUCCCCAAGAACACAGUGGCCUCCAUCAUUCUCAAAUGGAAGAAGUUUGGAACCACCAGGACUCUUCCUAGAGCUGGUUGCUCGGCCAAACUGAGCAAUAGGGUGAGAAGGGCCUUGGUCAGGGAGGUGACCAAGAACCCAUUGGUCACUCUGAUAGAGCUCCAGAGUUCCUCUGUGGAGAUGGCAGAACCUUCCAGAAGGACAACCAUCUCUGCAGCACUCCACCAAUCAGGCCUUUACAGUAGAGUGGCAAGACGGAAGCCACUCCUCAGUAAAAGGCACAUGACAGCCAGGUUGGAGUUUGCCAAAAGGCACCUAAAGGACCCUCAUACCAUGAGAAACACGAUUCUCUGGUCUGAUGAAACCAAGAUUGAACUCUUUGCCCUGAAUGCCAAGCGUCACGUCUGGAGGAAACCAGACACCGCUCAUCACCUGGCCAAUACCAUUCCUACGGUGAAGCAUGGUGGUGGCAGCAUCAUGCUGUGGGGAUAUUUUUCAGCGGCAGGGACUGGGAGACUAGACAGGAUCGAGGGGAAAGAUGAAUGGAUCAAAGUACAGAGAGAUCCUUGAUGAAAACCUGCUCCAGAGCGUUCAGACUGGGGCGAUGGUUCACCUUCCAACAGGACAACGACCCUAAGCAGACAGCCAAGACAACGCAGGAGUGGCUUCGGAACAAGUCUCUGAAUGUCUUUGAGUGGCCCAGCCAGAGCCCGGACUUGAACCCGAUCUAACAUCUCUGGAGAGACCUGAAAAUAGCUGUGCAGCGAUGCUCCCCAUCCAACCUGACAGAGCUUGAGAGGAUCUGCAGAGAAAAAUGGGAGAAACUCCUCAUACAGGUGUGCCAAGCUUGUGGCGUCAUACCCAAGAAGACUCGUGGCUGUAAUCGCUGCCAAAGGUGCUUCAACAAAGUACUGAGUAAAGGAUCUGAAUACUUUUGUAAAUGUGAUAUUUCAGUUUUUUAUUUGUAAUAAAUUAGCAAACAUUUCUAAACCUGUUUUUGCUUUGUCAUUAUGGGGUAUUGUGUGUAGAUUGAUGAGGGGAAAAAACAAUUUAAUACAUUUUAGAAUAAGGCUGUAACGUAACAAAAUGUGGAAAAAGUGAAGGGGUCUGAAUACUUUCCGAAUGCACUGUAUUUGACCGCAUCUGUAUAAAUAUUAAAUGUGCCAUCCCAGGCGUGUGCUCAGUGGUUGAUCAUAUAGUUUUCCUUCCUUAUACAUUACCCAGAACCCAACAACCAAAUAUUUUUAUAACUAACCCAAGAUAGACCAGAGCCUGUCGUUUCCAAUGGGAGCAAAUUAAUCAUUGUGGGCAGAGCAAAGCACGAGCUAGUGAGAUCCUAUUGGCGCGUUCUAGCAUUUAUUUGCAUAUUUCGGUUAGGGAACGCCUACUCUGUGAAGUGCACAUGUGCAAUAACUCAAUUCACCCUUGCACUCUUUCUAAAUGCAAUUUAGUAAACUGUAUGGAGCUCAAAUGUUUUAUUCGAUGAGAAAAUUAGCAGAAUGUCAGCCAAAAUCCAUCUCGCUCCAUCUUCUCCCACUGCCGUCCACUGGGCUUCCUCUCAUCACCAUAUUUGGUAAUGAGUGGAAACGCCAACCGAAUGCUUCACAUUUGUACAUCCGGUGAAAUAUCUGGCUCAUUGUUCUAUCUGUGCAACAACUACUGCUACUACUUCCUCAUUCAUAUUCCCCAUCUUGUCUGUAGUACCUACAGUACUCAGAGGCUCUCUCCCAAAUAGUACCAUAUUCCCUUAUAGUCAACUUUUAACCAGGGACCAUAUGGUCGAAAGUAAUGCACUAUGCAGGGAAUAGGGUGCCACUUGGGAGGCGACCAAUGUGUCACUAAAUAAAGUAAUCUAAACCAGAGCUGUACGUAUCCAAAAAUAAAUGGCUUGAACUAAACUAAGUCUCCAUUUCAGAAUGCCAAUCUUGGCUCCAGUCGAGACGCCCCUCACAGCAGCUCUAUGUCUGACAUGGCCACCACUCCCAUGUCUCCUACGUUUGACGAUGUCUUCUGGGACUUCCCAAGCUCUGUGGAGCACCCACCAAAGGUUGGUCAGACUUAAUCGAUCUCACGUCAGGUGUAACUAAAGGUUUUUGUCUGUCUAUCUUUUCUUCCGGUUGUGUGCAUGUACAACACUAUAUCUGUGAGGUGGAUACAGUACCAUACAGUAUACUGUAUGUGUGGUGUAUAUUUGGAUCUGAGUGGUGUGUGUUUGUAUUUGUGUGGUAUGUGUGUGUGGUAUAGGGGGGGGGGGGGGGGGGAGUAUUUGUGUGUGUGUUAGUGAUGCGGGGUCAGCUGUUUGUUCACCUGCACUCAGUGUUGUGUAUUCAUGGAUGCCAAGGGAAGCCAGGCUUCCCCAAAUAUUAUAUAAAAUAAUUUAUAUUUCGUCUCUCUCUGUGUUUUCAUAAUUUUCUGUCAAUUCGCAAGUGGCUGAAUCUCACCAGAGAAAUCAUCGGAGCGAGGGAAACAGCGCCCCUCUAUCUCAGUAUUUGUAGUCCAUGUAUCUGAUGGUGUCUGGACCAAAAGAGUAUAACAUGUUGCCGCUGUAGCAUUUGAUUGAUUGAUGCCAACAAGCAUUUGGCCUACCUUGAUUAAAAAAAAAAAUAAUAAUAAUUAGCCCAUCAGCGUUGAGCUGAGCUCAACUGUGGGUUGUCCUGGUGCAGCAAAAACAUCCCCCAAGGGAGGCCAGUUUGGAUUUGGCUUAACACAAUGUCCAGCAGUAGCUAGCUUGCUAAAUCAGACCUUACCUAAGCAGUGGAGAUGGGGAUUUGGACUUGUAGUUUUGACUUCAUUUUCUGUACAGGCCAAUGAAUAUGAUAGCAAUUCUGAUCCAACCAUAAAUUAAUAUGUUGUACCACUGGCCUGAGACGAUUGAAGUUCAAUAUGUAACCUAGAUGUAGCCUGGUAGAUUCACGUUAACUAGCUAGCUAACUUAGCUGGUUCAUUGUUGUUCAUGCGAAGAAGUUAGGCUAGCAAGCAAGCAUUUUAGCUAGGUAGCCUAUGACAACAACACUAAAAGUGUAUUGUAUGACAGAGCCAUAGACUGUUUUGCCAACAUGAAAGAGAGGAGAAUGGCAUUGGCGUUCAACUAGUCUACAAGGAGGGUGAGUCAACAUGUUCUGUUUUACAUGCGCGCGCACACACACAGAAAUCAGCCACAUGAUAUUUAGCAACGUUGAUUGGACUAAAUACUUUUUGGUAUGUUUAAGUUUGUUUGCAGUGUAUUAAACUAAGCAUAUAUAUAUAUAUAUAUAUAUAUAUAUAGCCUUGUUGAUUUGAUGAUGUUGAAACGUUGAAAUGGUGCUGGUAUAGCGGAGGCAGUGCUCCUGUUGUCUGUGCUGACUUGUGGUAACUCCGUAGUUCUAAAUCAGUAACGUUAGUUGUUUAGUAAACUGUCGAAAACAUUAAAUUGCUUGACCAUGCUGCAGGUCAUAACUAUUUGUACAUGCAAUAUUUGCUUUGUGGACUUUACCGGACAGAUGUUGCUCUCCGGUUUUGUGAUGAAACAAAUGUAUGUUUAGUUGAAUUUGUUCCACCACUGUGUGACUGUCUUUUUGUUGUCACGGCCUUAUUGUAUAUCACAGUGGUUUAUGAACAAAUGGUUAUAGAGCAAACAACGCAAUUAUCACAACAUACUGUAGGUUGUAAUAUGGCUUUUUUACUGGCUUGGCUUCCUCAGUAAUUUUACCCACACACCGCUACUUCCCGCACCCAGUGUUGGCUGUUUUUGAAUACGAUGUCGCAGGUUUUUCAGCUAUUUGUAAGUUGCACUGCGGCCGCCAUGGCAUUUCUCUUAAAAACAUAUAUAUGUGACCUGCUGUUGACUGUCAGGUAGGGAGGCAGGCUGUUGCUGAGUGAGUGGUGGAGAGCAGUGUUGCCAACUCCUCAGUAAGGAAAGUAGCUAUUGGCUGUCCUAAAAGUCGCUAGAAGUCGCUACAUGACGUCAUCACCUAAUUUGCAUAAUUGGCCAUGAGCAUGUAAUUGUGAUAGACGCUGUAGGAGAGAGGAAUAACGUCGACGGAGAGACAAAAAGUGAGUAAAAAACACCCUACAUUUACAUCCUGCCCUGAAUGUAAGCCAGGGCGGGUUCAGCCAGCAGUGGCUUCCCGCAUGCGCGAUUCAUUUGCAGUCUGGACGCGGAGGGGUGAACAUCUCCUGCUCUGAUUGCAGCUGGGAGGGACUGCUGCGUGAGGACUGGGCCACCUGUGAGAGCUGUGGGAUGGGGGUGGGGCCCACGGCGGGGGUGGGGCCCACGGCAGCACCCGCUGCUCGUUGAGAAGAGUAAGAACGAUACGUGCUUUCACGUCAGAGUCUCCAAAAGUCUCCAAUAACACCAGAAAAAGUUGCUAGAUUUGUUUGUUUUUUUGAAAAUGUGUCGCUAGAGGGGUCUGAAAACUCGCUAACUAUAGCGAAAAAGUCGCUAAGUUGGCAACACUGGGAGAGGACCGGACGAGUGUGUGUGUUGAGAGAGCACUACAGUUAUUGGCUGAGUCACGUGAGCGAGAGCAGCAAGUGCGCACGUUGUGACAACUUUUUACAAGUUGUAGGUAGGCUAUUUAGAUUCUCAUUAUGGAGACACCUAUUUCCAAACCUUUUUCCAUAAAACAUAUUAAUAGAACUGAUGCAAAUCAAGAAAUAAUGCAGACAAAGCACUGGAAAACGACUUUGGGCGCACUAGAGCGCAUUACAUAAAUCUGCUCUGAGGUGGUUUAAACUGCAUUCUAAUGUUGACUGUGGUCUAAGGCACUGCAUCGCAGUGCUAGCUGUGCCACUAGAGAUCCUGGUUCGAAUCCAGGCUCUGUCGUAGCCAGCCGCGACCGGGAGACCCAUGGGGCGGCGCACAAUUGGCCCAGGGUAGGGGAGGGAAUGGUCGGCAGGGAUGUAGCUCAGUUGGUAGAGCAUGGCAUUUGCAACGCCAGGGUUGUGGGUUCGAUUCCAGUAUAAAAAAUAAAAAUGUAUGCACUCACUAACUGUAAGUCGCUCAGGAUAAGAGCGUCUGCUAAAUGACUAAAAUGUAAAUGUAAAUGACUGCUUAAAGAAAACGGUAUCAAGCAAAAUGCUUUAUGCAUGCUCAGUUCUUGGGUCUCGGGGGCUGCCCAAGUGGAAAUGUUAAAUGGAAGUUAUGGAACUGCCUCGCGUGGUUCUUUUUAUUGGGAAAAGUCCUCAAUGAAACUGACAUUAGGCUAAAUGUGGAGAAUUAUACAUUUGCCUCUGUUGGCCAACAAGUAGCCUAUUAAUGUAUAUGCCAUUGUAGGCUACCAUUUUAUAGAAUAAAUAUGUUGAAAUGACGAUAUCACUUGAGUCAUAGCAAAUCAAUUUGUGCCACUUGUGUAGCCUACCUGGAGCUGGCAAACUGAUUUAAUAAAUAGCCUAUAACUUCAGUUUAUUGUUGUUGUAGCCUUGUGUUAUUAUGCAAUUAUUAAUGGACAUGUUUAGUUAAUUAAAUUGGAAGUUAUCAAAGCUCUAUCGCAAUUGCAGGUCAGUUGUUAGAACGCAUUAGAUUGAUGGUAACAGUAAUCAAAUUAGGCUACAGGUAAAAACUUUUUUUUUGAAAUAAACACUUGCUGUUGUUGACAAGCAUAUUCAGUUCCUAUACAUAUUAAUAAUAUUUAAUUCAGUGAUUGAAAUGAUGACCACAUCCUCAGUAGCCUAUUCCAGCAGGCUAUUGGGAAACACAAGCACUUCUUAUUGCAAAAUCGCUUUGCUAUUCAUGUUAAAUAAAUUAGUCUGUUAAUUUGAACUAAGCAAGCUGCUAAAUCGUUCGGUUUACUUCUUGCCUACAUCUUGUCUAGGCUACUGUCGACUAUAUUACAUGAGAUGGAGGCCUAUCAGUGGCUAUAGGCUACCUGCCUUUAAGCAAACUAUGACAAAAUGUAAUUGUGAUUUUUGUCUGUAGCCUGUCUAUUGAAAUUACAAGUCAAUCUCGCAAAUGGGCCAUUUAAAACAGUUUGUAAUCUUAACAUCUGGCACAUAAUAACAGCACAAUUGCCAGAAAAUCUAUAGUUUUGCACAUGCGCAAAGGGGAUUUAUUUACAAUAAUAAACCUGGUUCGAGCCCCGAAUGCUAAAUGGCUGAAAGAUGUGUUAUAUCAGACCAUAUACCACGGGUAUGACAAAACAUUACUUGUUACUGUUCUAACUACGUUGGUAACCAGUUUAUAAUAGCAAUAAGGCACCCUGGGGGUUUGUGGUAUAUGGCCAAUAUACCACGGCUAACAGCCGUGUUGCGUUGUGCUUAAGAACAGCCCUUAUCUGUGGUAUAUUGGCCAUAUACGAUACCCCCUUGUGCCUUAUUGCUUAAUCAUAGCAGUCAAACAAGUUAAAUCACCAGCCAUUGAUGGAAAAUGAUCUGGCGAGUUUAAUAAGGGCGAAUUAUCUUUUCUCUUGCUACAUAUUCAAAUUCCUUUAUUAUGUCAUGUCAUAGCUUGCGAUAAUUAUUAUUUUGAGGAAACCCGAAUUUUGCUUCUAACGUCGUUACAAGUUACUAUGAUAUUCCUUCUUAAUUGGCUUGAUAACGUUAUGAAAAAAGGGUUUAUUUUAUAGAUAUGGCAACUCCUGUCUUGCUGUGAAAGAAAAUCUGGCCUAGUUUUCAGGCCUUUUGGGCGGGUUAUGAGUGGUCAUUGGGCUAGAAAUUUUAGUUUGACCUGGCAACCCUGCCGCACCCGACCCUAACCCGAAAAUAUAGAAAAUACCCAGUACAGUCAGAGAUGACGGAACUAUUUUUGACAGGUCUUUUUAGAUAGGCCUAUGUUUCUGCUUGUAAUUUCCGACAUUUUUGUAGGCUAUUUGUUAGGCAACUUGUCUAUAAUUAAAUACAUGCAGCUUCUCUUCUGUCAUUACUUGUUGCCUUAGUCUAAAUAAACCAUCGCUCACCAGAAUUAUGUCAUAAAUCGAUAAAAUGAAUGGUUCAAUUUAGUUGACAUCUGUAAAGUUAGUUUCUCUUGCCUCUUUCAUCUCUGCUUCUCUCGCUCAGCAAAGACGUUUAGGGACCGAGGAGAGAAUGCAAUAGGCUAACAAAAAAAAAACUGGAAAGAUAUUUCCAUGCAACAUUUUGACCUGUUUUAAGGAAAUUAAAAGCUGUUAAAACAACCCAACAUGUUUUUGAUAAGAUUUAAGUUCGGCUUGGAUGCAUUGUGGUUGAAAUACUAUCACAUUUUAUGAGGCUGAUAAAGAUAGCACCAUUACAGACGGUCCUUAUCGCGCAUUCAUUCUCUCAAGGUGCUGAAAUAAAUAAAUAAUAUUUCUCCACUCAGUACAGUUCCCUUGAAGUGCCAUAUUGAAGUAUAGUUGACUAUUGAAUUUGUAUAGCGCCUCACAAUCAUCACACAUAACAUAACUGCUAUCAUCCUCUUUUACCACUUCACCAAAUCUUUCCCAAACAUUAGACUACUGUUCUGGCCCUCCCUUCUCUUUAUUUUCAACUCUCCAUUUCGCAGCUUUUCUCUAACAUGCUGACCACAUCGCAAAAUAGCGUUGCAAAAUAAAUGGACACAUACAUGUUAUUCAAUCAUUGCACCCACACUGCUCGCGAGCGUCUGCGUAGCCAGGCGCUAAAAUAGAACUUGGCUCUAUUUGUGACGCUUGACACGCUGCAAGUCCCGCCUCUCCCAUCUCCUCAUUGGUUUUUAGGAGCAUAUACUCACGUGGGUGAUUGAAAGAUGAACUGAGGUCCACACUCCAGUCCAGUUGGUGGUGGUAAUGCACCUUAAAGUUGGUUGCCAACCACCAUAUAAAGUCAGAAGAAGAAGCCUGAAGGAGGAGAGAUUACUAUUAAUGAACUCGGUUUACCCUUUUAUCUGUGGAUUAAUUGUCGGAGUAGAGGACCUUGUGCAUUUCAGGUAAAAUAACAACCCAAUGUUUAUAUCCCAGGACACAUUAGCUAGCAACAGCAAGCUAGCUAGCUAAAUUGCCAUAAAUGUUUAAUGCUUUUCGACCUGUCCCCAAAUUAAUAUAGUUGAUUCAGAGUUCGUUUUGAUAUUUCAACCUGCGUGUCCUGAACGCUUCUUGUGUGGGUGGACAAACUCAACAUGCGCGCGAUGGCGUGUCAGCAUGUAAGGUCUAGCAAACCUACCGGUUCCAAGUAGAAAAAGCAUCUACUUUAUUUUUCCCGAUAUAACAGCAUUCCAUGCACUGUAAUUUACAACUUGAUAAGAGCUAGGUAAAUUAGUAAUCUGUUUGGAUAAGGGAAUUGUAAAUAUAAAUAACACUUGUUUUAGACAAUUUUUCCUUAUGAUCCCUGGAGACGAAUAUGAAACUAGUCAUAUGGAAGCAAACUGAAAAUCAUAUCACACAUGACAUGUAUUGCAGCCCCUUUUCCACAGUGAUGUAGGCUCCCAAGUGGCGCAGCGGUCUAAGGCACUGCAUCUCAGUGCUUGAGGCGUCACUACAGACCCUGGUUCGAUUCCAGACUGUAUCACAACCGGCCGUGAUUGGGAGUCCCAUAGGGCGGCGUUUAAUUGGCCCAGCGUCGUCCGGGUUUGGCCGGUGUAGGCCGUCAUUGUAAAUAAGAAUUUGUUCUUAACUGUCUUGCCUAGUUAAAUAAAGGUAAAAUAAAAAAAUUAAAAUAGCUGUGACGUUAUUCCACAUUUUUAUUGUGUGCCCCGUGUAGCUCAGUUGGUAGAGCAUGGCGUUUGCAACGCCAGGGUUGUGGGUUCGAUUCCCAUGGGGGGCCAGUAUGAAAAAUGUAUGCACUCACUAACUGUAAGUCACUCUGGAUAAGAGCGUCUGCUAAAUUACGUAAAUGUAAAUGUAAAUAAAUUGCGUGGAUAAUAUUUUUAGACCCAAGCUAUAGUCUUCUGUAGGGCCGAACCUGCAGAGUUAAUGUAAGCGCUUUAGAAUGUUUUAUUUGACCAUUUGUAUAAUGUUAAAUAUUAGCCACUAUUGGGAGCCACUGUCAGUAAUACCCAAAUACAUUUCUAACUGUCACUUUAAUGUUAGUUGUCUUCAAUUUGUAGCCUACAUUUUGCAUCAUUCCAUUCCAUUUUGUUUACCUUUCUUUCCUUUGUCACGUCCAUGUAGUUGUUGCUGAGGGUCGCUAGCAUUAGUUGUGCAAUAAUUUUGGACAUGUAGCCUAUUUGAAUCAUUAUAAAACUCAGAACACACAUAGUAGUUUGAACCUGCUACCUGGCGCAAGGUUCUGUAGCGGGUGAUUUAGGACUGAGUCAGGCGCAGGAGAGUAAAUCACAGAAUAAAUGGUUUAUUCGAUAAACAGCGGUACGCAGCAAUGCGUAAUACACACCAGUGCGGUAAAACGGCGCACUGGGGAAAACAAGGCACACGGGUGAAUAUCCCAGCCAUACACAAUAUAAUCUAGCUCCACCGAGCUAUAAUAUCCUCUACAAUAAACAAUCACACACAAAGACAAGGGGGCAAAGGGAACACUUAUACAGGUACUAAUGAGUGGAUAUGAACCAGGUAUAAUAGGUGUAAUAAACAAAACAAAACAAAACAAAUGGAAUGAUGAGAUGAGGAGCGGCAGUGGCCAGAAGGCCGGUGACGACGAACGCCGAAGCCUGCCCGAACAAGGAGAGGAGGAAGCUUCGGAGGAAAUCGUGACAGGUUCACAACGACUGGACCGUUGUCAUACAGUUCCAUGAUUAGUGAGGAUAAGGGUAGAUUUAUAGGACUAUUUUAUUGUACACUUUUUUCGACCUUGCAAUAUUUCAUCGAUUGAACUUCCAAGAUGGCAUAGCUGUGCGGUCGUGUUUUCUGUAGUGUCCUCAUGUAAAUAGCCUGUUUUUUUUUUUUUUGUCUUUUUCGUAUAUAUUUCUCAAUCUCACUUUCCAUCCAUUAACUAAAUAUACUUUCCUGCAACCCGCCUCACCCAAUGUGGAACGGAUUCUGUUGUUUCUUCAUACAUUUUUAUCCAGAACCUCUGGCUGAAACUAGCCAGCUAACUAGCUACUUGCUAUUAGCCACCGUUAGCGGUCUUCACCAUUGUCCGUGACCGUGGCCUGCACUACCUACCAGCCAGCUCUAGCCUGGACAAUUGUCGGCCAGUCUGCACAUCGCGCUAUCGAGCCAGAGCAUAUCGGAUUUUCUGCCGGAAUCACUGAAUCACUGGACCUUAACACCGGAUCAUUGCAACUAGCUAGCUGCAACCGAAUGGCUGUUGUCGUUGUUGGCUAAUCACCACUGUCCUGAAGCUAACCCCAGCUAACCUUGAGCUAGCCUCGAGCCAGGCCCAUCUCCCGGCUAUCUACCUCUCUGUCAACCGGACGGGACCUCCUGGUGUUGACACGGAGCCCCGCCGAUCCAUCACGACUGGUCUGCCGACGUAAUCGUCUGAUGUGGUUUCAACAGGCUUCCCGUUGCGACGACCACGACGAUCCAUCUGCUAGCCCCGGCCCGCUAGCACACGCAAUCAACAGCCAUGCCUCCAGCUCGCCUGUAACGUAGCAGCCACUGAACUGCUCCCGGACUUACUUAUUGCUGUUCACUGGACCUUAUGAUCACUCAGCUACACAGCUGAUGCCUGCUGGACUGUUCCUUUAUACGGUACCCCAUCCUGUUUAGCCUCAGCUCAAACUUUCAUCGCCAUUACCAGCUGUUGUCUUAGCUCUCUCGAAUAGCACCUGUGACUGUUUUAUGCCGCUCUCCCAUGUCAAUAUGCCUUGCCUAUUGCUGUUUCGGUUAGUUCUAACUGUACUUGUUCAAUGUAGAGCCCCCAGUCCUGCUCAACCUGUCUCAGAUAGCUCCUUUGUCCCACCCCCCACACACGCGGAGACCGGCUCAAUCGGUGCCUCCAGUGAUGCUAUCUCUUUCAUCUUUACCCAACGCUUAGGUUUACCUCCACUGUCCUCAUAUCCUUCCAUAUCCUUGUCUGUACAUAAUGCCCUGAAUCUAUUCUACAACGCCCGGAAAUCUGCCCCUUUUUUUCUCUGUACCCAACGCACUAGAAGACCGGUUCUUAAAGCCUUUAGCCGUAUCCUUAUUCUACUCCUCCUCUGUUCCUCUGGUGAUGUAGAGGUUAACCCAGGCCCUGUAGCCACCAGUAUCACUCCUGCUCCCCAGGCGCUAUUAUUUGUUGACUUCUGUAACCACAAAAGCCUUGGUUUCUUGCAUGUUAACAUCAGAAGCCUCCUCCCUAAGUUUGAGUUAUUCACUGCGUUAGCACACUCCGCCAACCCUGAUGUUCUAGCAGUGUCUGAAUCCUGGCUUAGGAAGGCCACCAAAGAUUCUGAAAUUUCCAUUCCCAACUACAACAUUUUCCGUCUAGAUAGAACUGCCAAAGGGUGCGGAGUUGCAAUCUACUGUAGAGAUAGCCUGCAGAGCUCUAUCAUACUAUCCCGGUCUGUGCCGAAACAGUUUGAGCUUCUACUUCUAAAAAUCUAUUGUGUUAUUGACUGUACGUUUUGUUUAUUCCAUAUGUAACUCUGUGUUGUUGUUUUUACCGCACUGCUUUGCUUUAUCUUGGCCAGGUCGCAGUUGUAAAUGAGAACUUGUUCUCAACUGGCUUACCUGGUUAAAUAAAGGUUAAAUAAAAAAAGAAAAAAAAGAACUUGAAUAUGACAACUUUCGGGAUGAAUCAAUACGUUGUAUUUUUGAUUCAUUAUUAUAUUUUGUGCAUAAAAUCUCUCAAACAACGUUACGCACCUUAGUAAGGUAAGUCUGAAUAUCAACUAGUGAGAAGUGCGUAGGAAAGGCCUGCAUAAGAAAGGCUUAAAUGUCCUAAGACUGAAUCUAGCCCUUAUUGAAUUAAACUCUGACAUUGUCCUUUUUACCUCAGUGGAUGGAAGUUAACUUUUUCUGCCCAAGUUCCCGAAAGCAUUUGGCAGUUGGUGGUUAUUUGCCACGUGACAGUUAGGCCUUUAAGCUUAGGUUUAGGCUACACACUAAUGCCAGAUAAAACAUAAUGAAAGACCAACCUCCAUGUAGCCUAUAGAUAUGAAUUGCACAAUACUUAUACAUUUAUGAAUUUUUAAUGCAUUGUUUUCUCUUUAUUCAACCCAUACAAUAUUGAAUGGCCCUAAACCCGCCCACCGCGCAGUAUCCGCGGGACUGCAGGUUAUGAGUCAGCCCGUGCAUUUGUGUGUAUAUAUUUGUGUUUGUAUUUCUGUGGUAUGUCUGUGUGUGUGUGUGCCUGGUGAGACUAUAACCCCAUGUGUUAUUAUCUCUUAGGGAGGUUUGUAGUUGUUGUUGUUGUUUGUGGUGAUGUUAGUCAUGCCAGCAUAGAGGAAGAGGAAUGUGGCAGGUUUCCUAUUUCACCCCUGACUAACAGCAAACUCAUUCAACGACGUGAUACACAUUCUGUUUCCAGAAACAAAUCUCUAGUUCCUCUAAUAAAAGCAGAGAUGUGUAUCCUUAGGAUACAGCACCCUAGUGUUUUUUUUACUGCUUGAUCGGGGCAUAUCGAGAUGAUGUGCUUUAAUUGCUUACAAGUUCUCUUGUUGCAUUCAUCACAGAAAUAAUUUUUAAAAACAUAUGUGAAACCCAGAGACAUCCAGCUGCCAGUAAGCUCUGUUGAAGGGAUGUCAGUAGUUAAAGGGAGUAUGAUGGGGAUUUUAAGAAUGAUUUAUUCUUUCAAUGGGUGUAGUCUUCCUUUCCUCUUGUGUGAUGACAUGAGAAAAAGGUGAAAAGGUUGACAGUUGCUGGACACCACAUUGAGAAAGAAGAAUGGUUAGUUACAUGAACACAAGGCCUGAUUGCCUGCUUCACAGGCUUCUCCUCAUGUGUUCUCCUAAAGUUGGUAUCCUCAUCCUCUAUAGUAAGUGAUACAGUCCAGGUUGGCGGUUAGGAUCAGUUACACAUACUACACUAUGUUGUUUCUGGAGUCCCCACAUAGCAUGCAGUGUUUUAGAAUGUCCUAAUGUUGUGAUGCUUUGUUUAAGGUAGUCAGGCAUAUACUGUACCCUCACAUGUCAAAAUGAUCUUCUUGAAGGUUCCGGAGCGUACAACAUCCAAAUUCUAUUGCAAAGAGCUGAUGAGUCAUCACCGGACUGGGUCGAGGUACGUUUGUCACCACAUCACACAUCAGUCAGUCUCAGUGAGCAGUACUACCAGUUACAGGGUGGAUGAUCCAUAGUCAGCUUUGACCGGCCCCAUCUGCCUAGGACCUCACUUCCACUGGCACUCUAUCAGAUAUCUCUGAGACACCAUUUGAAGUAUAAAGCAUGGCAUUGUAUGUGUGCCUGAUCCUUGUCAUCUGCCUCUCUCUCUUUCUUUCUCUCUCUUUUCUCUUUCUCUCUCUCCCUCUCUCUCUCUCUCUCUUUCUCUCUCUUCUCUCUUUUUCUCUUCUCUCUCUCACUUUAUCUCUCUCACUUUCUCUCUCUCUCCCCCUCUCUCUCUCUGCUGUCCAGUGGGGCCCCUCAGUCUCCAGUGGAGAAGGGAGGGAAGUCCAUGUCAUCUCAUGGCAGCUCCAGUAGCAGCUCCCAGUCAGGUCUGUGUCCUCGUGUCCUCCACAAUCUCUCUCUCUCUCUCUCUCUCUCUCUUCUCUCUCUGUCUCCCCCGUCCCUUCCCCGUUUUCCUGUCUUCCCCUGUUCGGUCGGGGGUUGUUUGGUUCUCUCUCUCUUCUCUCUCUCUCCCCCUCUCCCCCUUCUCUCUUCUCUCCCUUUUCCCCAAAUUCCCUCCUCUUCCUCUCUUCCCCCUUUUCUCCCCUCUCUCUCUCUCUCCUCUCUUCUCCCUUCUCCCCCUUUUCUCUCUCUCACCCCAUCUCUCUCUCUUUUUCUCUCAUCUUCUUCUCCGUCUCCCCUCUCCCCCCUUUUUCUCUCUCUCUCUCUCCCUAAACCCACUCACUAAAGGGUUGACAUAGCAAAACAUCCCCAUUCAAAAGUUUGGCCCCAAAACCUUUUCCCUUAAAGGGGUUUUUUGGGUACUUUUUUUUAAACAUUGUAGAAUAAUGGGAAAGACAUAUAAACUAGAAAAAAACACAAAAGGGAAUAAUGUAAAACCCAAAAAGUCUUAAAAAAAAAUCAAAAUUAUUUAAAUUUUGAAAUUUUUCCCAAAUAGCCACCCCUUUGCCUUGAUGACAUCUUUGCACACUCUUGGCAUUCUCUCAACCAGCUUCAUGAGGUAGUCACCUGGAAUGCAUUUCAAUUAACAGGUGUGCCUUAAAAGUUAAUUUGUGGAAUUUCUCUCCUUAUUAAUGCGUUUGAGCCAAUCAGUUGUGUUGUGACAAGGUAGGGGGGGUAUACAGAAGAUAGCCCUAUUUGGUAAAAGACCAAGUCCAUAUUAUGGCAAGAACAGCUCAAAUAAGCAAAGAGAACAACAGUCCAUCAUUACUUUAAGACAUUAAGGUCAAUUUCAAGAACUUUAAAGUUGCAUCAAGUGCAGUCGCAAAAACCAUCAAGCGCUAUGAUGAAACUGGCUCUCAUGAGGACCGCCACAGGAAUGGAAGACCCAGAGUUACCUCUGCUGCAGAGGGUAAGUUAAUUAGAGUUACCAGCCUCAGAAAUUGUAGCCCAAAAAAUGCUUCACAGAGUCCAAGUCACAGACACAUCUCAACAUCAACUGCUCAGAGGAGACUGUGUGAAUCAGGCCUUCGUGGUCGAAUUGCUGUAAAGAAACCACUACUAAAGGACACCAAUAAGAAGAAGAGACUUGCUUGGGCCAAGAAACACGAGCAAUGGACAUUAGACCGGUGGAAAUGUGUCCUUUGGUCUGGAGUCCAAAUUUGAGAUUUUUGGUUACAACUGCCGUGGCUUUGUGAGACACGGUGUGGGUAAGCGGAUGAUCUCCGCAUGUGUAUUUCCCACUGUAAAGCCUGGUGGAGGAGGUGUUAUGGUGUGGGGGUGCUUUGCUGGUGACACUGUCUGGGAUUUAUUUAGAAUUCAAGGCACACUUAACCAGCAUGGCUACCACAGCAUUCUGCAGCGAUACGCCAUCCCAUCUGGUUUGCGCUUAGUGGGACUAUAAUUUGUUUUUCAACAGGACAAUGACCCAACACACCCUCCAGGCUGUGUAAGGCAACUUUAACCAAGAAGGAGAGUGAUGGAGUGCUGCAUCAGAUGAACUGGCCUCCACAAUCCUCCGACCUCAACCCAAUUGAGAUGAUUUGGGAUGAGUUGGACCGCAGAGUGAAGGAAAAGCGGCCAACAAAUGCUCAGCAUAUGUGGGAACUCCUUCAAGACUGUGGAAAAGCAUUCCAGGUGAAGCUGGUUGAGAGAAUGCCAAGAGUGUGCAAAGCUGUCAUCAAGGCAAAGGGUGGCUAUUUGAAGAAUCCUCAAAUAUAAAACACUUUUUUGGUUACUACAUGAUUCCAUAUGGUGUUAUUUCAUAGUUUUUGAUGUCUUCAACUAUUAUUCUACAAUGUAGAAAAUAGUCAACAUAAAGAAAAAACCCUUGAAUGAAUAGGUGGUGUCCAAACUUUUGGACUGGUACUGUGGGGCAAAAAAUUAUUUUUUGUCAGCCACCAAUUGUGCAAGUUCUCCCACUUAAAAGAUGAGAGAGGCCUGUAAUUUUCAUUAUAGGUACAAACCGUCAACUAUGACAGACAAAUUGGAGGAAAAAAAAUCCAGAAAAUCCCAUUGUAGGAUUUUUUAUGAAUUUAUUUGCAAAUUAAUGGUGGAAAAUAAGUAUUUGGUCACCUACAAACAAGCAAGAUUUCUGGCUCUCACAGACCUGUAACUUCUUCUUUAAGAGGCUCCUCUGUCCUCCACCCGUUACCUGUAUUAAUGGCACCUGUUUGAACUUGUUAUCAGUAUAAAAGACACCUGUCCACAACCUCAAACAGUCACACUCCAAACUCCACUAGGCCAAAACCCCAAAAAGGGUGUCCAAAAGGCCCCCAAAACAAAAAAUUGGGAGACCCGCACCCGGCUGGGGAAAACCCGAAAACGGGAGGGAGCCCUUUGGGUUUUAAGAAAUCAACGUGGGACAAUUUUAGGAAAAAGGGAAAAACAUACCCAAAACCCCUAAAUCUCCCCAUCUUUGGGGUCCCCCAAAAUCUUUCCCCCCUUUUUGGGCCCAAAAGAAACACAAAAACGGGGACAAAAAUCCCCAAAACCCCACGGGGGACCUAGUGAAAACCUACCCAGACUGGACCAAGUACCAAAAACCCACCCCAGUAAAACACUCCCCCGCCAGGGACCCCAAAACCUGCAUUUCCAACGGUCCCCCUGCUUAAACCAGUACCAAAUGUCCGGCCCCCUGAAGUUUUGCUAAGUGCAUUUGGAUGAAUCCAGAAGAGGAUUGGGAGAAUGUCAUAUGGUCCAUGAAACCAAAAUAGAACUUUUGGUUAAAAACUCAACUUGUCGUGUUUGGAGGACAAAGAAUGCUGAGUUGCAUCCAAAGAACACCAUACCUACUGUGAAGCAUGGGGGUGGAAACAUCAUGCUUUGGGGCUGUUUUUCUGCAAAGGGACCAGGACGACUGAUCCGUGUAAAGGAUAGAAUGAAUGGGGCCUGUGUCGUGAAGAUUUUGAGUGAAAACCCCUCCUUCCAUCAGCAAGGUUAUUGAAGAUGAAACGUGGCUGGGUCUUUCAUUUUACAUUACAUUUUAGUCAUUUAGCAGACGCUCUUAUCCAGAGCGACUUACAUGAGCAAUUAGGGUGAAGUGCCUUGCUCAAGGGCACAUCGACAGAUUCUUCACCUAGUCGGCUCUGGGGAUUAGAACCAGCGACCUUUCGGUUACUGGCAUAACGCUCUUAACCACUAAGUUACCUGCCCGGGCAACGAAGGAGUGGCUUCGUAAGAAGCAUUUCAAGGUCCUGGAGUGGCCUAGCCAGUCUCCAGAUCUCAACCCCAUAGAAAAUCUUUGGAGGGAGUUGAAAGUCCAUGUUGCCCAGCGACAGCCCCAAAACAUCACUGCUCUAGAGGAGAUCUGCAUGGAGGAAUGGGCCAAAAUACCAGCAACAGUGUGUGAAAACCUUGUGAAGACUUACAGAAAACGUUUGACCUGUGUCAUUGCCAACAAAGGGUAUAUAACAAAGUAUUGAGAAACUUUUGUUAUUGACCAAAUACUUAUUUUCCACCAUAAUUUGCAAAUAAAUUCAUAAAAAAUCCUACAAUGUGAUUUUCUGGAUUUUUAUUUCUCAUUUUGUCUGUCAUAGUUGACGUGUACCUAUGAUGAAAAUUACAAGGCCUCUCUCAUCUUUUUAAUUGGGAGAACUUGCACAAUUGGUGGCUGACUAAAUACUUUUUUUCCCCACUGUAUAUAUAUAUAUAUAUAUAUAUAUAUAUAUAUAUAUAUAUAUAAUAUAUACUAACCGUUCAAAAGUUUGGGGUCACUUAGAAAUGUCCUUGUUUUCGAAAGAAAAGCAAUUUUUUUGUCCAUUAAAAUAACAUCAAAGUGAUCAUAAAUACAGUGAAGACAUUGUUAAAGUUGUAAAUGGCUAUUGUAGCUGGAAACAGCUGUUUUUUUAAUGGAAUAUCGACAUAGGCGUACAGAGGCCCAUUAUCAGCAACCAUCAGUCCUGUGUUCCAAUGGCACGUUGUGUUUGCUAAUCCAAGUUUAUAAUUUUAAAAGGCUAAUUGAUCAUUAGAAAAUCCUUUUGCAAUUAUGUUAGCACAGCUGAAAACUGUUGUGCUGAUUAAAGAUGCAAUAAAACUGGACUUCUUGAGACUAGUUGAGUAUCUGGAGCAUCAGCAAUUGUGGGAUCGAUUACAGGCUCAAAAUGACCAGAAACAAAUAACUUUCUUCUGAAACUUGUCGGUCUAUUCUUGCUCUGAGAAAUGAAGGCUAUUCCAUGCGAGAAAUUGCCAAGAAACUGAAGAUCUCGUACAACGUUAUGUACUACUCCCUUCACAGAACAGCACAAACUGGUUCUAACCAGAAUAGAAAGAGGAGUGGGAGGCCCCGGUGCACAACUGAGCAAGAGGACAAAUACAUUAGAGUGUCUAGUUUGAGAAACAGACGCCUCACAGGUCCUCCACUGGUAGCUUCGUUAAAUAGUACCCACAAAACACCAGUCUCAACGUCAACAGUGUAGAGGCGACUCCGGGAUGCUGACCUUCUAGGCAGAGUUGCAAAGAAAAAGCCAUAUCUCAGACUGGCCAAUAAAAAUAAAAGAUUAGGAUGGGCAGUCUGAGAUAUGGCUUUUUCUUUGCAACUCUGCCUAGAAGGUCAGCAUCCCAGAGUCGCCUCUUUACUGUUGACGUUGAGACUGGUGUUUUGCCUAUGUAGAUAUUCCAUUACAAAUCAGCCGUUUCCAGCUACAUUUACAACAUUAACAAUGUCUACACUGUAUUUCUGAUCAAUUUUAUGUUAUUUUAAAGGACAAAAAAUGUACCUUUCGAAAACAAGGACAUUUCUAAGUGACCCCAAACUUUUGAACGGUAGUGUAUAUAAACUCAGCAAAAAAAGAAACGUCCCUUUUUCAGGACUGCCUUUUGGAUAGAAAGAAAGAAAGAAAGAAAGAAAGAAAGAAAGAAAGAAAGAAAGAAAGAAAGAAAGAAAGAAAGAAGAAAGAAAAAGAAAGAAAGAAAGAAAGAAAGAAAGAAAGAAAGAAAGAAAGAAAGAAAGAAAGACUGGGUAAUAUGUUCAAAGUUCCCCUUUUUCACAAUUGGUUGUCUGAGGAAUUUUAAGAAAGCAGUUCAGGAAUAUGGGAAAUAAAUGUGCUAACAUGUCUUUGUUUAAAUGCCAAAGGAAUCCUAUACUGUACAUGAAGUUGGAGCAGUAGCUCAAAUAGAGAAAUGAUAAUGAAUUUGACAUUUAUAUUCCUUUACAAGUUCAUAACAUUGUAGCUUUCAGGAAGUAAGCCAGAGGAAAAACAAGGAAGCCCUUACAAUAUAUCCUGAUGCUCAUCAUAUUAACGGAGCAUACUGAGGUCUUGGGGCAACUGAAAACUUUAAUCCGUAACAUAGUAUCUACAGUAUCUGUAUGGCUCUGGUAAUAUUUAGCAUGAGUGUACAACAUAGUUAGAUGGGAGAUUUGAGAUUUGAAGCAUGUCUUUUGACUCUUUCAGGUUACUUCAAGCUGGAGAGCCCUCUGCUGCAGAGCCGUCUUCAGCAGUACAAGAAGUCUAAGGAGAUUUCUCCAGGAGCCCUACUUCAGCAACAUGUAAGUAUCUGUCUUCUGUCACCAUCCUAG